AUGUCCCGCGGGGCUUUCCCCGAGGUGCUGCCGGGCUGGAUGGCGCUGCGGCGAGCAGGGAACAAAAGCGCCGUCACCGACGUGGGCUCACUCACGCUGGAUGAAAUGAAGGGCUGGCGGAUGUUCCUUGAUGCUUUGCUGGCGGAACUGGAGCAGAGCUCCCUCCAGGCCUCCAAGGACCCUGUGUGGCAGGGACCAAGCUCCUGCCAGGAUCCACAUGCUUUGUCCUCCCAGGUGCAGCUGCUGCCUCAGGCUCAGUCUCUGGGAAAGGAUUUGGAGACAGUGUACAGCAGCCCCACCCCAGUCCCACAGCCCCCACUCACGGCGGCUGCCCAGCAGCUGGAUGAGCUCCUGGCCGACCUGGGCCACAUGCAGAGCAAGCUGUCCGAGCAGGGAGCCGGGGUGCCCGCGGAGCCCUCCCUGGACAACAUGCUGGGCAGCCUGACCCGGGACCUGCAGGAGCUGGGCAUCACGGCCGCCCCCGCGGGGGUCUGCGCCGGCUGCCGCAAGCCCAUCGCCGGCAAGGUGCUCACAGCCCUGGGCAAAACCUGGCACCCCGAGCACUUCACCUGUGCCCGCUGCGGGCAGGGGCUGGACAGCCAGCCCUUCUUCGAGCAGGGCGGGCGGGCGUUCUGCGAGGAGGACUAUCACCAGGCCUUCUCCCCCCGCUGCGCCUACUGUGCCGGCACCAUCCGCGAGAAAGUCCUCACGGCCUUGGACCAGACCUGGCACCCCGAGCAUUUCUUCUGCGCCCACUGCGGGAAGGUCUUCGGGGACGAGGGGUUCCUGGAGCGGAACGGGAAACCCUACUGCUGCCAGGACUUCCUGGCCAUGUUCGCCCCCAAAUGCCAGGGCUGCGAGCGCCCGGUCACGGACAAUUACCUGUCGGCCCUGCAGGGCGUGUGGCACCCCGAGUGCUUCGUGUGCACGGAAUGCCUGAGCGGCUUCUCCGGCGGCUCCUUCUUCGAGCUGGAGGGUCGGCCCUACUGCGAGCUGCACUUCCACCGGCGGCAGGGCACCAUCUGCCACGGCUGCGGCCGCCCCGUCACCGGGCGCUGCAUCACGGCCGCGGGGCGCAAGUACCACCCCGAGCACUUUGUCUGCACCUACUGCCUGGGCCGGCUGCAGAAAGGCACCUUCCGCGAGUGGGGAGACAAGAUGUACUGCCAGGCCUGCCACGACAAGCUCUUCCUCUGACCCCCCCAGCCUGGGUGCCCCCAAACUCCUCCUCUGACUCCCAGCUUGGAUGUCCCCAAACAAACUCCUCCUCUGACCCCC